AUCAUCUUCUCUUUUACAAUGUCAACCAUAUUCCGGUAGCUUCACUCUCAACCACCGCAAUCCAUUUUCAUUUCUUUUCUCCUUCUCUCUACACAUAUAAAUACCACUUCAUAGCUUUGAAUUCCGAAUCCACUUUCGUGUAACUGUUAGAGUUUCAGCUGGGGAUCGGACAAGGAAGAAAAGAGAGACUUAUAUACAUAGUUUCAUGGCGGAUGAGUUCUCGACGGCCGCCGUAUGCGGAGGAGGAUGGUGGAAUCCGACGAGGAACAUGUUCGGUUCGUCGCUGUGCUCGGCGUCGAUGAACGAUAUCGGGAGCUUUGCAUGGCCGCCGAGUAAUCACGGCGCGGAAGUCACGGCGGAGGUCAAGGGCAGGCCGAUUGACCUUCUUGGUUUGAGUCCAUCAAUUACAGAAACUCCCGCCACAGAUGACUGGAACCAAGUUUUAAUGCAAGAUAACGAAAGGGGUGACCGGAGUUAUGGUUCUAUGGUGCAAGAAGACUUGAAUUAUGGGGUGCAGCAGACUUUGACUGUAAUCCCAAGCUCCACUCAAGAAUUAUCCACUAGUAAUUUCCCCAUUACCUCGUACAAUUAUCCUCCCAAUUUGCUGAAAUCUAUGUUCGACGACGCAGAUCCUCAUCAUCAUCAGCAGUGUUUGAUAAGCAACCAGCCAGUAAUCAGCUACGCGCCGCCGACCACGGCGGCGAUGACGAAUUAUGGACAAAAUUUAAGUGACUUUUCACCUUCUCCCCCUAAAUUCCCCUCCCUCCUCGCCCCAACUAACCACCACUUACAGUUCCCCAGUUCCAUAUCUUUAUGGAAUUCACCGCUUACCUCUUGUUCUUUCUCAUCUCCAACAUUUACUGACAAGAAACCUGUCAUCACUGCAAAGUCGAAUGGCAUUAAUAAGGAGCCAAGGGAUUCGAGCUGUUUAGCUAACAAAAGCAGCACUGCUGAACCGGAUUUCAAGCGUCCAAGAAUAGAAACGCCAUCGCCAUUGCCAACUUUUAAGGUGCGCAAAGAGAAGCUGGGGGACCGAAUAACUGCCCUCCAACAAUUGGUGUCACCUUUUGGAAAGACUGAUACUGCCUCAGUUCUCCAUGAAGCUAUUGAGUACAUCAAGUUCCUCCAUGAUCAAGUCAAUGUUUUGAUUACUCCCUAUAAGAAAAAUGGGUCGCCAUCCGAUCAGCACUGUCAACAGAAUACCGAGGAGGUUUUGGAUGAAGAAGGGUUGUCAAAACAAGAUUUAAGGAGCCGAGGGCUAUGUUUAGUGCCAAUGUCAAGCACAUUCCCUGUGGCUGCUGAGGCAACAACUGAUUUCUGGACACCAACGUUUGGGGCAAAUUUCAGGUAGAAAUUAAAACUACUGUAUAGGGAAGAGAUUGAAUUGUUCGGAGAAGUUAAAAGAAGUCAUGAGUUUUGAUGAUUUCUUUAGACCUUUGGGUUUCUUAAGGAAAAAAAGAGAGGAAAAAAAAAAAAAGGAAGACAGGCUAGCAAUGCUGGGCCAUGAAGAGGCAGAAGGCAUUAUGUUUUCACAAACCAAAUGAUGAUUAAGGUUGAAUUAAAGGAUAACGUUGUAAUAAUAAUGAAUAAUUAAGAAUAAUCUGGAGGUUAGGAACAGGAACAGGUGCAAAUUUAGUUGAUGAUGAUGAUUGUGAGGGUUUAGCUAGCUAGGUUAUUAAUAUAACUUAAUUAUAUUAAUUAACCAAUGUUAUUGUAGUGCAUGUAUGUGUUGUGUUGUUGUUGGUUGAGCUCAAAGUUAGCAGAUCAGAUUACUCAUUUCAAAGCAACUUUUAUUCAAUUCCCUUUUCUAUAUUCAUUUGUAGGGUUCCAUUGUUGCAACCACUUCUUUGUUUAGCUGUUGAAAAGACAAGAAACAAAAAAGCGGAAAUAAAGUGAAUGUGUGUCACGUGAAUCGAUUAA